GCGAUUGACCAGCUCAAGAAGGGCGCUGAGGUGAUGAUGCUCUCAGCUGAGCUGAUGCGCGAUCGGAUCACUGGCCUUGAGAGAGCAAAUGAGGCAGCGUCUGCACGUAAACAGCGCAAGAAAAAGCGUAUACAGCAGUGUGGGGUCUUAACGAAGGGAGCUGGCGAGGAUAUCCUUGCUCAACGUGAGGCUAAUCAGCAGAUUGCUUGUGAAGAGCGCCAAGGAGGAGAGCAAUCAGGUGUUAGCCGCCAGGCUCUUGCGCGCUGUAAGAGGUGCAGAGAGACUGGGCAUAACUCUCGUACAUGCAAGAAAGAUACUUUAGAUACU